CACACUUCUUUCUCAAACACACACACACACACACAAAAUCGAAGAAAAAAUGAACUCGAAAAUCUUACAAUCCGGCCCGAAAUCAGCAGUUUACACAAUCCCAAAGCCCAAUCAAUCGACCGAAGCCCGCAUCCCGCAAUCGAUUUCCUUCGCGUCACACGCGUCAAGUUCUAGAAUCACGGUAAAGAGCCCGUUCGGGCCGAAGAGGGCCCGAAUCCCGACCCGAAUCGAGGCUGUAACUGCAGGAACCGCAGAAUCGCUGUACGAAGUGCUGGGAAUUGGAGAGAGCGUGAGUUCGGUUUCCGACAUUAAGAAAGCGUACAAGAAAAUGGCGAGAAAGUACCAUCCGGACGUUUCGCCACCGGAGAGAUUGGACGAGAACACGAGGAGGUUUAUAAUGGUGAAAGAGGCUUAUGAGAUUUUAUCCAAUCCAAAGAGGAGAGCUCUCUAUGAUCGGAAUCUCGCCGGUGGCCAUGCUCAGGAAAUUGAAGAAAAUGAGGAGUGGAAAAUGAGGUGGCAGUCUCAGUUAGACGAGUUGAAGAGAAGAAGUAAUGAUAUUUCUAGAAGAGAGAGAAUGUCAUGGGGGGAACGAAUGCGUAGUCAUAUACUAUAAAUUUUAUUUACUUACUUUAGAUGGAUGUGAUUAUUAGAUGUAAUUAUAUGUGAAAUCUUGUAUUGAGUUUAUGUAUAUAAACAAAAAUAAACAAAUACGAGAUUAUAUUUGAAACUAA